UCCUCAACUACAACACACAUCUCUCGUUUAGUCCUCAAAAAUCACUCGUAUGGUUCGCAUCAUGAUACUACUCAAACCGUCACUUCUCCUCCUUUGCAUCUUUCCCCUAAUAACAUGCAAAGGACUCCACGAGGAGUUUUCCUGGACUAGGAUCAACUACGUGUGGCCGGGCCAGGACUCCUCCUCUCAUAUUGAUAUUCCCAAACCUGAUCCCAUCGCAUUUCCCGGAAGUACCAACAGUAACGAAAGACACACCACCAGGAGACCUGGACGAACUACAAGAAGAACAACACAAAGGCCUGAUACCAAUUCGGACUAUAUCUAUGAAAAUAAUAUUCCGAUGGGGGCUAAUCUUUGGAAAGAUAAGUUGUUUAUAACGGUUCCUCGAAGGCGGAUGGGGGUACCAUCGACGGUGAAUUUUGUCUGGGCCAAUAGUAGCGAAAGGCAUAAUGUACCAUUAAUUCCCUAUCCCGAUUGGAAGACUAACACUUUAAGAGAUUCGAGGGAUUCCAACAGGGAUGAUGGGUAUAGAUUUGUAUCUGUUUAUCGAGUGGCUGUGGAUUUAUGCGACCGGUUGUGGUUUGUCGACACUGGUCUGAUUGAGACUCCUGGAAAUCCUCAACAAAUCCAACCAACUGCUUUAGUCAUCAUGGACUUAAAAACCGACAAAGUCCUCCAGUAUUACCAAUUUCCUGCAAAUCUUCUCAGAAACACUUCAAACUUAGCCAGUUUGACUAUUGAUAUGACUAAUAAUAACUGUCGAGACGCUUUUGCUUAUAUCCCAGAUGUUGGAGGUUACGGGUUGGUUGUUUAUAGUUUGAGUCAAAAUAAAGCGUGGAGGGUUAAUCAUAACUAUUUCUACCUCGAGAACACUGUUGGAGAAUUUUCAAUUGGAGGCCAUGAGUUUCAAUGGAAUGAUGGAAUUUUCAGUAUUGCUAUUACAGACGUAAAAUCUGAUGGCUUCAGAGAUGCUUAUUUCCAUUCAAUGGCAGGAGUUAAUUUGUACAAAGUGUCAACAAGGAUUUUGAAAAAUGAAGAAUUGGCUACUAGGUCGUACCACGGAAGCGAUUUUAAGAUUGUUGGAAACAAAGGUGAACUUUCCCAAACGUCUUCUUCGGAUUUGCAUCAAUCCAAAGGAGUCCUUUUCUUGGGUUUGGUAAAUCAAAACGCUUUGGGUUGCUGGAAUAUCAAUAAGCCUCUUAGUGAUAUUUCCCUAGUACAAAGAAGUGAUGAAAAGAUGAUAUAUCCCAGUGAUGUCAAAAUUGUGGAAGAUAAGAUCGUGGUAUUGACCAAUACCAUGCCGGUAUUCCUCUACGGCACUCUUGAUUAUGACAGGACGAACUUCCGAGUGUGGGUGGAGACCGUGGAUACGGCAAUCCGAGGCACAAAAUGCGAGUCUUCAAGAGGCGGAUCGCACUAUUAAUGCAUGUUUUUUAUUGUAGUUAGACUCUAUUGUAUCAUUGUCUUUUUGUGAUAAUAAAGCGUCUUUUUUGCCCCAUAAA